UACAGGCAGUGAAAGUGAAAGUAUUCGGACAGUUAUAUUUAACAGGAGACGGAGAACUCGUUUACACCAAGAUCCUUUCUGCAAAUUCUUGCAACUGACAGCAUUUACAGAGAAUAAGUCGACUGAUAUAGUCAUGAAACGGAGCUGAUUCAAAAUCAAUAUUUGGCGAUAUGAGUCAACGAUAUUACUUAAACGAGUAUCAAGCAGCUGGUAGAAAGUACCAUGGGUUGAUGAACCAAGGAGCAACGUGUUACUUGAACAGUGUGCUGCAGGUGCUGUUCAUGACCAAAGGCUUCAGAGAGGCUGUGGAAAGGUACACCAGUGGAAACCCUGAUCCUGAGCGUAUUGAUUAUCAGCUCAAAGGCUUGUUUGAUGACUUAAAGAAAGGAACAGCAUGCACCUAUAACAUCACACAGAAGCUGGGCAUCCACAGAGUGUAUGAACAGCGCGAUGCUGCCAAGUUCUUUGAUAAGAUUUUAACUCUGACCAGUCCUGAGGCUUCACAGAUCUUCUGUGGAAAGUUGACACAUGAGACCAGAUGUUCUGAAUGUGGUACCAUCACUGACACAAAUGGGCCAUCUUGGCAUCUUCCUCUUGCACUGGGGGAUUCCCGCAGAUAUAGUGUGGUUCAUGGCAUUGAGGAGUUUUUCAAAGAAUCACACAUCAGUGGAGAAAAUCAGCUGUUCUGUGACCACUGUGAUGCCAAAGCUGAUGCUACUGUUAAAUGUGUCAUAAAGCAUCAUCCAGAAGUUUUGAUGCUGCUGCUGAAGAGGUUUGAGUUUAACUACCGUUACAAGAACAACUGUGAUGUGGAUUUUCCCAGAACGCUACAGAUCCCAGAGAAUCAGACGUAUGAACUCUACGCAGUUGUGGAUCACGUUGGUGAUCUGAGAGGUGGACACUACACUGCAAGAGUUAAGUCAGAGGACGAUGACAGAUGGUAUAACUUCAAUGAUGCCAGAGUCUCAUUGCUUCAUUACCAGCCAUUCCAGGUGGAUAACAGUGAGAGAUCCCGGAGUGUUUAUCUUCUUUUUUACAGGAAAAAGAAAACCCACACUGCAGAUACUUGUACUCAAGACAUAAAGGAGGUACCCACCAGUGGAGGUUUGGUCCCUGCUGCCGCUGACAACCAUGACCAGAGUCACGAUGCUGGAAAGAUAAGAGAGGGAGAGGAGAGUGGUGAGACAGUAGAAGUGGGUAAUGACACUGCAGACGAUGUUUCCAAUGACAGAAAUGGAGAAACAGGAAUUAGAGACAAGGUCAGUGUUGUGUCUGGAGGAGUGGCGCUAUCACAUGGCAGCAUCUGUAAUGUACAUCAACAGGACAGUGGAGCUGAUGUCAAUCAAAGAAGAUCACAGAGUCAUCAGGGCUGGGAAGAGGGAGGCAGUGGGUCGGAUCAAGGAUAUGAGCAACAGAGAGAGGAGAGGAGGGAUGCUGAGGGAGACAAGAAACAGAAGAGAGGAGUUUAUGAACCUGCACACAGAACGUGUUACUUGAGCUCUGAGACUCUCCUCCCAGCAGCUGGUAGAAAGUACCAUGGGUUGAUGAACCAAGGAGCAACGUGUUACUUGAACAGUGUGCUGCAGGUGCUGUUCAUGACCAAAGGCUUCAGAGAGGCUGUGGAAAGGUACACCAGUGGAAACCCUGACACUAAGCGUGUUGAUUAUCAGCUCAAAGGCUUGUUUGAUGACUUAAAGAAAAGAACAGCAUACACCCAUAACAUCACACAGAAGCUGGGCAUCCACAGAGUGUAUGAACAGCGCGAUGCUGCCAAGUUCUUUGAUGAGAUUUUAACUCUGACCAGUCCUGAGGCUUCACAGAUCUUCUGUGGAAAGUUGACACAUGAGACCAGAUGUUCUGAAUGUGGUACCAUCACUGACACAAAUGGGCCAUCUUGGCAUCUUCCUCUUGCACUGGGGGAUUCCCACAGAUAUAGUGUGGUUCAUGGCAUUCAGGAGUUUUUCAAAGAAUCACACAUCAGUGGGGAAAAUCAGCUGUACUGUGACCACUGUGAUGCCAAAGCUGAUGCUACUGUUAAAUGUGUCAUAAAGCAUCAUCCAGAAGUUUUGAUGCUGCUGCUGAAGAGGUUUGAGUUUAACUACCGUUACAAGACGUAUGUCAAGAACAACUGUGAUGUGGAUGUUCCCAGAACGCUACAGAUCCCAGAGAAUCAGACGUAUGAACUCUAUGCAGUUGUGGAUCACUUUGGUGGUCUGAGAGGUGGACACUACACUGCAAGAGUUAAGUCAGAGGACGAUGAGAGAUGGUAUCACUUCAAUGAUGCCAGAGUCUCAUUGCUUGAUUACCAGCCAUUCCAGGUGGAUAACAGUGAGAGAUCCUGGAGUGUUUAUCUUCUUUUUUACAGGAAAAAGAAAACCCACACUGCAGAUACUUGUACUGCCCACCAGUGGAGGUUUGGUCCCUGCUGCCGCUGACAACCAUGACCAGAGUCAAGAUGCUGGAAAGAUAAGAGAGGGAGAGGAGAGUGUUGAGACAGUAGAAGUGGGUAAUGACACUGCAGAGGAUGUUUCCAAUGACAGAAAUGGAGAAACAGGAAUUAGAGACAUGGUCAGUGUUGUGUCUGGAGGAGUGGCGCUAUCACAUGACAGCAUCUGUAAUGUACAUCAACAGGACAGUGGAGCUGAUGUCAAUCAAAGAAUAUCACAGAGUUAUCAGGGGUGGAAUGAGCAAAAGAGUAAGUUGCAUAAUCAAGAUGCUUACACCAAAAAAAGGCAGAAGCUUUCUUCCAAUGCCCUCUAAUAUCGCAGGCUAAAAUUGGUGCAUACAGCAAAAACAGAAAACAAAGCCAACGCUCUGCCCAACUAAAGCAACUCAAAAAUGAAAAAAAUGAAACAUAACAGAACAUAUUAGGGUAUUAAGAACAUCCUUUUUCCAGUAUAACACAAACUGUUCUUUUACAUUGUAGUGGUUCACAAUAUUGUGUUUUUAUUUGAUGUUUUUUGAUACUUAGUAAUCAGGCAGUAUGAACAAUACUGUAUAAAAUAUACAGUAUUGAUCUUAUUGGUUAGUGUUGUUUGAGUGUUGGUUGCUCUCUUUUUCAGUGUGGUUCAGUCUCUUUAACAGAUUACCUUUGCCAGUUUUUUUAUUUCAUUUAUGAAAUGUUUUACUUCCUGUUUGCAACACGUUUAUGUAAAGAGCUGCUCAUGUAAAAGGUAAGUGCAUUAUGUUCUAUUACAGACUGAUGCAAUAAGUCUGUCAGACAGUAAUGCAAUGAAAUGGAUUUCAAUGAAAAUGUAAAUGCAAAGAGAAAUUAAGUUCCAGUUUUUUCCAGUGUAGUAGUGUAAGAGGGUAUGUGGAUUCCCAGUGUUUGAGACUCUCUUUUUUCAUAUAGUUGAUGAAAAAGGAAUAAAAUGUUAUUAAAUGUUAUUAUAAUGUAAACUGUUUUAUUAUUUGAACAUGGAAAAGACUAUAGCCAUUGAAAAGAAUAAAAUGAACUCAAUUCGAAAUCAUAUUGGAAGUGUUAUUACAACCAUUGAGUACAUAAAAAACAUGUUUUUUAUAAUUAAACCUGGUUUGAGUGUUUUUGAUUUUUGUUGUUUGUUUUUCUGUUUUUUAUUAGUUUUUCUUUUGUUUUUCCUUUUUCUUUCCGAGAAUCUAAAGAUUGCAUUGUGGUUGAAAUAUUAGUUGGUGAAACAUAAAAAGAUGCAUUACUCGAUAGAAAGGAAUGGAAUAUUAUUAUUACUAUUUUAAUUUUUUUUACUGAGUUUAACAUAUAUGGAGUAAAUGUAUGUUGUAUGUUUAUGUUUUGUUCUGUUCUCUUGUCUUGUUUAGCUUUGAUGUUGAGAUUGUAGGUCUUUGUUUUGUUUUCUUAAUGUGGGAAGUGUAAAUAGUAUUGAGAAAUGUAAACAAAAUGAAUGAAUGAAAAUUAAUAAAAAAUUAAAUCACA